CGGGCAAAGCACUAGAUUUAUUUUUUAACACUAUGGGGACGACGUCUUUGACAUCGCUACAAGCGAUUACGCUUGUAGCGAUUAACUUUGACCUCAAUACUCGCUGGCUUAGUGGCCCCAGGUCGGUUCCCACGUAUACCAUCAAACGUAGCGCUAGGAUGUCAUUCUUAACGCUAACAGGCGAGUCUAACUUUUUGUAUAAAAACUUUUUUUUACAGUUUUUUGUGGUUUCUUACUCAGAUCCCUCCCCCCCUCGUUGAGCUCUCGCAACCUUACUCACCGGCAGGAACACAACACUAUGAGUAGGGUCUAGUGUUAUUUGGCUACGGUUUUCUAUAAGGCUUGGCUAAACUCCCAGCCCGCGCAGCCAACAUGUCAAUCGUUCAUGCUCCGUAGCGAACGAAACGCAACUGUCACUGUCGCACUAAUAUGGAAGAGUGAUAGAGAGAGCUCACUAUACUACGCUACGGAGCAUUAUCCGAUUGGCAUGUUGACUACGCACCCUGGUUCGCGUGAGCGUUCGCCUCGCUCGUUCCGAACAAGAAAUUGUGAAUGCUAGGUAACGUGCGCUCGCGCACACUGUUGGCGCCAUGACAGUCGGUGACAGUGACUUGUGCGGUGAACUGUGAACUGUGAACUGCGGCAGUGCAGUAACCCCUCCUUGACACAAGAGUCCUCCGAGCUAGUGGAACGUCGGCGUCGCCCGGCUGACAUGUCAUUACGUCCGACUGCUGACAGAUGGGCUCAGCCUGAAAUAUGACGCAGAUGUUGCCAUAUCUCAUCCUAGUCUUCGCUAUCCAGCCCGCCUUCAAUCUACCUCAGAAAACAGACUUCCACGACAUCAAGAGAGAGCUCCGAAAGAAGAAAGGGAUAAACAUAGCGUAUCCUCUCCCUGUCACUCAUCACCUGCUACUACCAUCUCAGCUACACGUUCUCCCUGCCACGUCUAACGUCCAUCACAGCUCCGUGCAUACUGGACUUCAACAUAUAGUCACUAGUAAUGGAAAGAUACCGGUGUACUCGCAAACUGUGUCGCAUUCCUCUACUAACAUCACACAUCCAACGCAGCUUGUCCCAAUUCUAGUGCCAAUCCAACAUAAUUAUGUACAACAACAUAAUGUUCAACAGCAACACAACAUAAUACAGCAGCAACUAUUGCACGAUUUGUCUGUAAUACCUUUGAGAGCACAGAAGUUUGGGCAUUUAAGAGUUGAGAAGAAGGCAGAAGAUAGAGACGACAUGAACCAUUUUAGGACAUUCUACGGUGGUUUCGGAAAUGGUCUGUACUUCGGUGGCCACGGCGCCGGCCACGGGUUCUAUGCUUAUGGAAAAUGAACUCUAAUUAGACUGCAUAAGGUUGUUAAAUAGGAUUUGUUAAAAGUCCGUUCUAUUUAAUGCGAUUUUAGGUAAAUGCCUCGGGUUUUGCGAUCUCUUUGUGCUUUCUAGUGGUUUAGGAUGUGGGCGCACUGGAAGCGUAAUAUUUAGUGACUUAUAAUUUAUAAUAAACCUUAGUUUUAAGGAUUAUUAUGACACGAAUAAAUUUAAAAGUAAAAAAAAUAUUGCCUUGGGUAAGACUUGAACUCACGUCCUCUGGAUAGAUACUCCAGCGCUCUGCCGACUGAGCCACCAAGAUCUCAUCCAUAGCCAGCGAAUCAUUCCACUAUAUGAGUACGGAACCCUAGCGACAUCUACCGUAAGAGCGUUACACUUCUUAAACGGCAACCAGAGCUCCAAGUUAUAUUGGAUUUUUUUUUUCUACUUUUAAAUUUAUUCUAAGCUCAAUAGCAUCGCUCGCAGACAUUUCUGCUUGUAACAAAAUAUUUUAUUACGACACGAUUGUAUAAAUGAUGCUUUUAAAUUUGGUGUUUUAAAUGUAAUUGGGGGCCUAGACCAUGUCAUAAUCCUACAUGAACAUACGUCAAACAAAUAGAAAAGAUAUAUCAGAAUGACAGAUGCUACAAAGAGUGACAUUGAUUGAGUAAGAUGCGCAAAAUCUAAGACAAUUUCGCGCUUCAAAUUUGACAAGUAAACGAGAUGGCGCUGUACUAGAGCUCUAUACAUUUUGCGGUAACUCCGAUUGUCAAACGUUGACGUUUGACAAUUCAGUGACCGCAAGACAUACAGUCAUCUGUUUUGGAUGUCAAAGUAAGGAGCAUGUUUUUUUCUUACACUUUAUGUCUCUAUUACAAUCAAUUCUCUUUGCUACAUUAUUUAUACUUCGAUUUUAAUUUUUUUAAAUCUUGUUUAGGCCCCUUGGUUCUUCGUUUUUUAUUUAUCAUAAAUAAAGAAAACAACUUUUAAUAAAUGUACAUCUUUUAGUAUAGUUUGAUCAUUAUUUUGAACAAAUUGUAUUUUAAUAGAUAGCGUUUAGUCUGUAGCCUGUCUACCUA